UUUUCAAGGAAUGUUUGAUUUGAUUUUCUGUGUUUGUUUAAUUUGUUUUGUUUACGAAAUAUUAAUCUGAUUGUUACGAUUUCUCUUCAGUUCUAUUUGUGUUGUAGUUAUUUGCUAUUUAUUAGUAUACCUUAUUUGCAGUGUACUUUGAAAAGGUUUGUUUAAAGUAUAUUGCAUUCAAAGGACACCUGAAAUAGAUAAUAUGGAUAACUUGAAAAAUAUAUGGAAACCUGAACUUUAUCGCAUCCAACUUGAGGCACCAGUACCAAAGCGGGUUAUAUGCGAAAAUUGUCCAGAGAGGCCAGAGUUUUAUGGGAAAGAGUACCAUGGUGUGAUGGGACAUAAGGAAGCUGCUUUAAUUCUAGAUGGUGAAUCAAAUGGAUCAUUUUUAAUACGGAAAGGCAAUGAAUCCAAUGAUUUUUACACUUUAUCUUGGAGAUUCAAUGAUAGAAUACACCAUUACAAGUUAUUUUAUGAUGGAACACACUACAUAAAAGAGAAGAGGUAUGAUACUAUCUACGACUUGGUGGCCGAUGGGCUCAUCAUCUGCCAUAUGGAGUUGAAGGCACACCAUAUACUGGAAAUGAUCAACUCCCGCACAAACUAUACUGAGAGUCCCUACGUCACUCUCAAUAGGCGAAAGUUAAAAAGUACAUUAACAGAAAUACAUCAGACCCCAAAAAAUGCGAGUCCCAUUAGCAGGAAUGAUGAUCAAAUAUUGGAAAUUGUGUCGGAUAAAAAGACAUUAGUUCUAACACCCACCAUAGAAGACAGCCCACUUUUAUACAAGUACUUAAAAUCACAUAACUUCAAGGUGCAUACAUUCAAGGGUCUGAACUGGUGUGAGUUGUGUGCUAACUUUCUGUGGGGUUUCACUGCGCAAGGGGUUAAAUGUGAAGAUUGCGGCUUCAUAGCACAUUCGAAAUGUUCCGACGUCGUGCCCAACCACUGUUUGCCCGACUUAAAGAAGCUUAGAGGAGUGUUUGGUAUAGACUUAACGACUUUGUUGAACGCUCACUCUAGUACUUUGCCCUUUGUCGUGAGGAAGUGCGUCAACGAGAUAGAGGCGCGGGGAAUGGACUCCGAGGGCAUCUACAGGGUCUCCGGCUUCGCGGAUGAGAUUGAGGCAUUGAAACUGGCGUUUGACAAAGAUGGCGAGGCAGCCGAUCUGAGCGUGUAUAGCAACAUCAACGUGAUCGCGGGCACGCUCAAGCUGUACCUGCGCCUGCUGCCCGUGCCGCUCGUCACCUACGAGGUGCAUCCCGCUCUCGUCAACGCUAUCCAGAUGAAGACAACAGCGCUGCAAGUGACGAUGCUGCGCGAGUGUCUGGACAUGCUGCCGCCGGCGCACUUCAACUGUCUGCAGUACAUGGUGCAGCAUUUGCACAGAGUGUCGCAGCAGGCGGAUGUGAACAAGAUGUCCGCGCACAACCUGAGCACGGUGUUCGCGCCCACGCUCGUGGCCACGCCGCCCGCCAUCACCGACCUGGCCUUCGAGAUACGGGCGCUACAGGCGCUCAUCGACUACUGCCCGCAGAUCUACUACGGGAACAAGUGAACGUUGACAUUGGGGCGUCCCAAAAACCUUUACGAUCCAGACGAUGUCAUGACGACCGACAACGCUUCCCGGGCAACACAAUCACAAGCAACACAGCCUUAGACCAUUAAAAAGAAAGGACCUGCCUCGUAAACCGUUACCCCUCUGUCAAAGAUCAAGAAUCAAUGAUCUAACGCGUUUAUAAAAACUGUUGCUAUAGAAUCUAUGUUUCAUUGUUGUAAUCGUUUUCGUCGUGUAAAGAGCUACCUAAAAAUGCCGGUUUGUGUAGUUGAAUGGCAUAAAAAACUGUCAAAAACUUGUAGUUUAGUAAAAGAUGGAGUAACGUUUCAUUUGUAAGUAUUUCUACCAUAAUUGUAUCAAAUUUGUAAUAAAAACGAUUUCUAAAAAGAAUCGAUUCUUUUGACGGAACAGCAAAAAAACGAUCGAGUAAUCGAACAUUCUUUAUUUAUAUUCUGUGGAUAGUCUAAGCGAUGUGUUGGUUAGUCUGUGUAAAAAUUACGCGUGUUUGUAUUGAGAGUCAAUUAUAUAGUUGUGUGUAGUGUAUGGACACAGAAUAUACUUAAUGGUGUUAAAUGUUUUCGAUGUGUGAGUUUACCUCGUCCCUCUCAAAAAACGACAGACUUUUUUGUUGGUGAAUUUGGGUGCGAAACAGGUCCAAUCUUUUUAAUGGUUUAAUAGGCAUGUUUGUUUUAAAUAAUGUGUAAAAUAAUUUAUUAUAAAUUUUUCUUUGUAUACCUUUUUGUUCAUAAUUCCAUCACACUAGAACCAUUCCAGGUUGUGUUAUUUAUAACCAAGCUUAUAAUAUGUACUCGUAAAAUUCUCGAUUUAGAAAGCUUUUUAUACUUUUAUAUUAUAAUUAAAUUAUGACUAUAAACUAUCAUAAUAAAAGAUAAUAAUAUAUUGGA